UGCCAUAUCAUAUCUUACGGCAAAUCCUGACUCCUCCCGUUAUCCACAUAUAGAAAAUAGUCUAUGACUGUAGUUAUGACAUAGUGGUCUACGACUGGUGUGUCGUAGUCCGAUGGUCCCUUUAUAUACUCCACUCUUGCACACCUCACACCAAUCAAGUUUAACUGACUUUCAUACAGAACUCAAUGAACUACUGUGCGUGAAACUGUUGCUUUACUACUCACCAGCUAUAGAACGAACUGAACUGAAGCAUCAUUUCUCAAAAAGUGACAUUAUUCUCUAAGCCUAUCUAUUAAGAAGCAGAGACUACAUUUGUCAAGCCACUGCCAAUUAACAACCAGUGACCGGCUGUAAAUCGGACUGUAAAUCUGACCAUUUAAUUCAUCGUUGUCCUACCUAACAAGAAGUGGCUUCUUCACAUCCGAAAAGUCUUCGGGGAACAUUUUUUAAAACUCAUCUCUCCAAGUUUUGAACUUUUACCACAGCGAAUAGUGCGCACGCUUGGCAUCGACACGUUAAACUCUUUUGCAGAUAAUUUCACACAUCGGUCUAUCUUUCGGUAUAAAAAGCCACACAUGGAAACCGCCAGCAUGUCAAGCAAUAAUGCACAUUACUACGACAACAGCCAUCCACCACAGUACUACCAGGGCACUGACAACUCUGAAGGGGACGAGGAAGACGAGAUGCCGGCUACAGAGAAGGACCUUGCUGAGGAUGCGCCAUGGAAGAAAAUACAACAGAACACUUUUACCAGGUGGUGCAAUGAGCACCUCAAGUGCAUCAACAGGAGCAUCACUGACUUGCAGAAGGAUUUUGGCGACGGUUUAAAGCUGAUCGGGCUCCUGGAAGUUCUGAGUCAGAAGAAGAUGUACAGAAAGCACCACAAUAGACCCAACUUCAGACAGAUGAAACUGGAAAAUGUGUCUGUGGCUCUUGAAUUCUUGGACAGGGAACACAUCAAGUUGGUGUCUAUUGACUCCAAGGCCAUCGUGGACGGGAACCUGAAGUUGAUCCUGGGUCUGAUCUGGACUCUGAUCUUGCACUACUCCAUCUCCAUGCCCAUGUGGGAGGACGAGGAUUAUGAGGAGGCCAAGGAACUGACCCCCAAGCAGAGGCUGCUGGGCUGGAUCCAGAACAAGGUGCCUGAGCUGCCCAUCAACAACUUCCACCGCGACUGGAGGGACGGCAAGGCCCUAGGAGCCCUGGUAGACAAAUGUGCCCCUGGUCUGUGCUCUGACUGGCAGGCCUGGGACCCUAACCAGCCUGUGGAGAACGCCAGAGAGGCCAUGCAGCAGGCUGAUGACUGGCUGGGUGUGCCCCAGGUGAUCAACCCUGAGGAGAUUGUAGAUCCGGAAGUGGAUGAACAGUCUGUGAUGACUUACCUGUCCCAGUUCCCUAAGUCUAAACUGAGGCCUGGCGCUCCCCUCAAACCUAAAGGGGUUCAGCUGUACCCCAAAAAAGCCAAGUCUUACGGACCAGGUAUUGAGGCAAAUGGUAACAUGGUUCUGAAGCCAGCAGUGUUCACAGUGGAAACUCUGCAGGCGGGUCAGGCUGAGGUGCUGGUGUAUGUCAUUGAUCCUGAGGGACACACUGAGGAGGCUAAGGUGGUCUUCAACAACGACAAGAACAGGACCCACACCGUAAUUUACAUCCCCAAGUUUCAGGGCGCCCACAAAGUGAAAGUGCUGUUUGCUGGGCAGGAUAUUGAUAAGAGCCCCUACACAGUGAAUGUGGCCAAGGCCAUAGGUGAUCCCAACAAGGUCCAGGCCAGAGGACCAGGGCUGGAAGCUACUGGCAACAUGGCCAACAAACCCAUCUACUUUGACAUCUACACUGCAGGUGGCGGUAACGGUGAUGUGAGCGUUGUCAUCGUGGACCCUGAGGGGAAGAAAGACACAGUGAAACUGAUCUUGGACAACAAGGGGGACAGUGUUUUCCGUUGCACCUACUGGCCCAUGUUGGAAGGCCCCCACACCAUCCAUAUCCUGUUUGCCGGUCAGGAGAUUCUUAAGAGCCCCUUCAAGGUUCAAAUCGCAGAGGCCAUCAAUGCCAACACGUGUUGUGCCACAGGCCGAGGCCUUCAGCCAAAAGGGGUGAGGGUCAAGGAGGUGGCAGACUUCAAGGUCUUCACCAAGGGAGCUGGCAACGGAGAGCUCAAGGUCUCAGUGACUGGACCAUGUGGAGAUGAGGAGCCAGUGAAAGUAAAGGAUAUUGGUGAUGGUGUCUAUGAAUGUGAAUAUCUUCCUAACCAGACUGGUAAAUACAGCGUCAACAUCGCCUGGGGAGGACAGCCCAUCCCACACAGCCCCUUCGAUGUGGAGGUGAGUGAGGUGGCAGGCCCUCAGAAGGUGAGAGCCUGGGGUCCUGGUCUGGUGACCGGCCAGGUAGGCAAGUCGGCUGACUUCAUGGUGGAGGCCAUCGGCACGGAAGUGGGAACUCUGGGCUUCUCUAUCGAGGGUCCAUCCCAGGCUAAGAUUGAGUGUGAUGAUAAGGGUGACGGCUCCUGCGAUGUCCACUAUUGGCCCACUGAGCCAGAUGACUACGCUGUCCAUGUCAUAUGUGAUGACGAAGACAUCAAGGACAGCCCCUUCAUGGCCCACAUCCUCUCUGCAACCAAUGACUGCUUCCCUGAGAAGGUGAAAGCUUUCGGUCCAGGCCUGGAGCCCAUAGGGGUCAUCGUAAACAAACCAGCAGAGUUCACCAUCGAUGCCCGCGAGGCUGGCAACGGCCAUCUGAAGAUCUAUGCCAAGGAUACAGAGGGCGUCACCAUCGACAUUAAGAUCACUGAUAAGGGAGACGGGACCUUCUUGUGUGUGUACGUCCCCAUCAAGCCCAUCAAACACACCAUCAUCAUCACCUGGGGAGAUGUCAACAUACCCAACAGCCCCUCCAGGGUGAUUGUUGGAGAGGGCUGCCACCCAGACAAGGUCAAGGUGUAUGGUCCAGGAGUGGAGAAGACAGGACUCAAGGCCAACGAGCCCAACUUCUUCACUGUGGACUGCACAGAGGCUGGACAAGGAGACAUCAGUAUUGUGAUCAAGUGUGCUCCAGGAGUGGUGGGUCCAGCCGAGGCUGACAUCGACUUUGACAUUAUCAAGAACGACAAUGACACCUUCACUGUCAAGUACACCCCCCCCGGUGCAGGGAAAUACACCAUCAUGGUGUUGUUUGCUGAACAGGAAAUCCCCAUUAGUCCAUUUAGAGUGAAGGUGAAUCCUUCCCAUGAUGCUGGCAAUGUGAGGGCUGAGGGCACAGGACUCAACAAGACAGGCGUGGAGGCGGGCACUCCGACCCACUUCACCAUCUUCACAAAGGGAGCAGGCAAGGCCAAGCUAAAGGUCCAGUUCACAGCAGCAGAACUGAAGGGAGAGGCUGUCAGGGACUUUGAGAUCAUAGACAACCAUGACUACUCCUACACCGUUAAGUACACCGCUGUUCAACAGGGUCAGAUGACCAUCUCCGUCACCCAUGGAGGGGACCCCAUUCCCAAGAGCCCCUUCAAUAUUACUGUGGCUCCUCCUGUAGAUCUGGGAAAGGUCAAGGUUACAGGACUGGACACCAAGGUAGAAGUUGGCAAGGAUCAAGAGUUCUACAUCAACACCCAGGGAGCCGGAGGACAGGGCGAGGUGGCCGUCAAGAUGACCUCACCCUCUGGCCGACCAAUCCCUUACAAGUUGGAUUCGGACACAGCCAAUGGAGCCCACUCGGUGAAGUACAUCCCCCCAGAGGAGGGGCCUUACAAGGUGGACGUCAGCUAUGAUUGCAACCCUGUCCCUGGAUCCCCCUUCGCUGUGGAGGGAGUGAUGCCUGCUGACCCAUCAAAGGUGCGUGCAUACGGCCCAGGCCUGAAGGGAGGCAUUGUGGGUAAACCAGCCCCCUUUGCCAUUGACACCAAUGGAGCGGGCCCCGGCGGGCUGGGCCUGACUGUGGAGGGGCCGUGCAAGGCUAAGAUCGAGUGCCAGGACAACGGACACGGUACCUGCUCAGUGUCCUACCUGCCAACUGAGGCUGGAGAGUAUGCCAUCAAUAUCCUGUUUGGAGAGCAGCAUAUCCCUGGGUCUCCUUUCAAGGCAGCUGUUAAGCCAUGCCUGGAACCCAGCAAGGUAACAGCCAGUGGUCCAGGCCUAGAUAAAGCCAAAGCAGGGGAACCAGCCUACUUUACAGUGGACUGCACCAGUGCCGGAGAGGCUAAGCUCACCAUCGAGAUUGUCUCUGAGUCCGGGGCUCAGGCCGAGGUCCACAUCCAGAAGACAGACGAGGGAACCUUCUCUGUCACCUACAUCCCACCUUUCCACGGCACACACACCAUCACCAUUAAGUACGGGGGUCAUGUGGUUCCCAACUUCCCUGCGCUCAUCCAAGUGGAGCCGGCUGUUGAUACCAGCGGAGUGCAGGUCUAUGGACCAGGAGUGCAGCCCAGAGGAGUCAUCAAGGAGGUUACCACUCACUUCAUUGUGGAUGCCCGCAAAAUGACCAAGACCUUUGGUGACCACUUGAAAGCAUGCAUCAUCAGCCCUUCAGGCACCAGCACGGACACCUACAUCACAAACAAGGGAGACGGAACCUUCAGAGUGGAAUACACCGCCUAUGAGGACGGUAUGCAUGUGAUUGAGGUACUGUAUGACGAGGUGGCCAUCCCUAAGAGUCCCUUCAGGGUGUCAGUGGUGGAGGGGUGUGACGCCACCCGGGUCAGGGCCUACGGGCCAGGGCUGGAGGGAGGACUCAUCAACAAACCCAACUGCUUCACCGUCGAGACCAGGGGUGCUGGUACUGGAGGCCUGGGCCUGACCAUAGAGGGAGCGUCAGAGGCAAAAAUUACCUGUAAAGAUAACAAAGAUGGCAGCUGCAGCGUAGAGUACGUUACCUUCAAACCUGGAGAGUACGACGUCAAUAUCAACUUCGGAGGACACCCCAUUCCAGGCAGUCCGUUCAGCGUGCCAGUGAGGGAUGUGGUGGAUCCCAGUAAGGUGAAAUGUUCAGGCCCAGGUUUGGGUGACGGAGUCAAAGCCCACCUACCUCAGACCUUUACUGUGGACUCUACACAGGCAGGACAGGCAAAACUGGAGGUCAGUCUCACAGGACCAUCAGGUUCAGAGCCUGUUGCUGUAAAAAACAACAGUGAUGGUACACAUACAGUCAAUUACACUCCAGUUCAUGAUGGCCCUUACACUGUGUCAGUUAAAUAUGGAGACCGGGAGGAUCCUCGCAGUCCAUUCAAGGUGAGAUCUCAGCCUGGUCAUGAUGCCAGUAAGGUUUGUGCAAGCGGUCCAGGUCUGGACAAGUCAGGUGUGCCCGCCAGCCUGCCAGUGGAGUUCACCAUUGAUGCCCGCGACGCAGGAGAGGGACUGCUCACUGUACAAAUACUGGACCCAGAUGGCAAGCCAAAGAAGGCUACCAUAUAUGAUAACAGAGAUGGGACCUACACCGUGUCCUACGUACCAGACUCCACCGGCCCUUACACCAUCAUGAUCAAGUAUGGAGGCGAUGAGAUCCCCUACUCUCCCUACCACAUCUUAGCCCUGCCCACUGGAGAUGCCAGCAAGUGUCUGCUCACUGUGUCCAUCGGAGGACAUGCCCUGGCAUCAGGUCUGACUAAGAUGCAGGUGCACGAGGAGGCCAUCGUCUCUGUGGACGCAAAGGCUGAUGGGAAGGGCAAGGUGACCUGCUCGGUCACGACCCCAGAGGGGGUGGAGCUAGACAUGGAUGUGCAGGAGAACCGUGAUGGAACCUUCGACAUCUACUACACCGCUCCAGAACCCGGAAAAUAUGUAAUCACCAUCCGCUUCGGAGGACAGCACAUACCCAAGAGCCCCUUCCAUGUUACGAGAAUGAACGGGUGCUGUCCUGGGUCACGGCAAAGGAUUUGCACUCUGGGAGGGGGACACUGUGGAGUUGUCAACCGUGAUGGAGAGGUCUUUGAGUGGGCAAGCCUUCCCUGGAAAGAAGAGCAGCUUCGUCUUGUCGAGGCAACAAAGGAGCCCAUUGUCCCUAGUGACAGCAUGGAUCAGUUCCGCCCUCUCAACCUGGUCAUCCCAUUCACUGUACAGCAGGGACCGAUCACAGGUGAGGUGCGUAUGCCUUCCGGUAAGACGCCCCGCCCCUACAUCACAAACAACAAGGAUAGGACCAUCACAGUUAAAUUCAACCCUACUGAGAAGGGUCUGCACGAGAUGGACAUCAAGUAUGAAGGAAAUCACAUCCCAGCAAGCCCCCUCCAGUUCUAUGUGGAUGCUAUGAACAGUGGUCUGGUGACAGCAUACGGCCCUGGUCUCUGUCACGGCACCAUCAACAAACCUGUCACUUUUACCGUGGUCACCCAGAACGCUGGAGAAGGUGGUCUGUCCCUGGCGGUGGAGGGUCCUUCUAAGGCAGAGAUCACCUGUAAAGACAAUAAGGAUGGAACCUGUACUGUAUCCUACCUGCCCACCUCACCAGGAGACUACAAGAUCAUUGUCAAGUUUGACAACAAACACAUACCCGGCAGCCCCUUCACUGCUAAAAUCACUGGUGAUGACUCUAUCAGGAUGUCCCAGCUCAACGUGGGGACAGCAGCAGACUUAUCACUGAAGAUCACAGAGUCUGACCUGAGUCUGCUGACGGCUAGUAUCAGAGCUCCAUCAGGCAACAAAGAGCCAUGUUUGCUCAAGAGACUGCCCAGCAGACACAUAGGUAUCUCCUUCACCCCUAAGGAGGUGGGAGAGCACGAGGUGAGCGUGAAGAAGAACGGUAAGCACGUGACCAACAGCCCUUUCAAGAUCCAGGUUGGCCAGUCAGAGAUUGGCGAGGCCAGUAGGGUCAAGGCCUUUGGUAAAGGACUGGUGGAGGCACACACCUUCGAAAUGACUGAGUUCUUUGUGGACACUAGGAAUGCAGGUUAUAGUGGUCUGGGGUUGUCGAUCGAGGGUCCGAGUAAAGUGGAUAUUAACUGUGAGGUUGUGGAGGAUGGGACGUGCAGAGUCAGUUACUGCCCCACAGAGCCAGGCAACCACAUCAUCAACAUCAAGUUCUCUGACAAGCACAUCCCAGGAAGUCCUUUCACUGUGAAGGUGACAGGAGAAGGAAGGAUGAAGGAGAGCAUCACCAGGAAGAGAACUGCCCCCGCCAUCGCUUCUGUCGGCAGCGCCUGUGGCCUCAACCUCAAAAUCCCUGGAAACUGGUUCCAGAUGGUGUCAGCCCAGGAGAGGAUGACGCGCACAUUCACACGCAGCAGCCACACGCACACGCGCAUGGAGCGCACGGAGAUCAGCAAGAUGCAGGGCGGCGAGACGAAGAGGGAGGUGAGGGUCGAAGAGAGCACCCAGACGGGAGGAACAGGAGGAGCCAGUCCAUUCAGAGAUGUUUUUGGAGAGUUCCUGGGCAGAGAGAGUCUGGCUAGCUUCGCUGGGAUACCCGCUACAGUCACACCAGGUGAAACCGCUACCAAGGGUAGUAUGAUGGCCCAGGUUAUCAGCCCUGGGGGUAAAACAGAACAGGCAGAGAUCAUAGAUGGAGGGGACAGCACCUACAGCGUCCGCUUCGUGCCCCAGGAGAUGGGGGCCCACACGGUCAAUGUGAAGUACAGCGGGCAGCACGUCCCAGGUAGUCCCUUCCAGUUUACAGUGGGACCCCUGGGAGAAGGAGGGUCCCACAAGGUUCGGGCCGGAGGCACUGGGCUGGAGAGAGGAGUGGCAGGAGCACCAAAUGAGUUUAGUAUCUGGACGCGGGAGGCCGGUGCAGGCGGUCUGUCCAUCGCUGUAGAGGGCCCCAGUAAGGCUGAGAUCUCCUUUGAAGACAGGAAGGAUGGAUCCUGUGGGGUGGUGUACAUCGUACAGGAUCCAGGUGACUAUGAAGUGUCAAUCAAGUUCAACAACGAGCACAUCCCCGACAGCCCCUUUGUUGUUCCCAUAGCAACGCUGUCGGAUGAGGCAUGCCGACUCACUGUCACCAGCCUGCAGGAGAAGGACCUAAAGGUGAACCAGGAAGCGUCGUUCGCUGUACAGUGUAAUGGGGCAAGGGGCGUGGUCGAUGCUAAGGUCCAUACCCCCUCCGGCUCAUCAGAGGAGUGCUACAUCACAGAGCUGGACAGUGACAAGAACGCCAUCCGCUUCAUUCCCCGUGAGAAUGGCGUGCACUCCAUCGACGUCAAGUUCAAUGGCAGCCACAUCCCUGGAAGUCCGUUCAACGUGAGGGUGGGGGAGGCCGGACAGGCUGGAGACCCAGGCAUGGUGACAGUGUAUGGGCCUGGACUGGAUGGAGGAUCCACAGGUGUAGCCUCAGAGUUUGUAGUGAACACCUGUAACGCUGGGUCGGGUGCCCUGUCCGUGACCAUCGACGGUCCCUCAAAGGUGAAGAUGGACUGUUCCGAUUGCCUUGAUGGCUACAAGGUCAUCUACACACCCAUGGCCCCCGGCAACUAUCUCAUCACCAUCAAAUAUGGAGGACCCAACCAUAUAGUGGGCAGCCCAUUCAAAGCCAAAGUCACAGGUACCCGUCUGUCUGGUGGUCACAGCCUUCACGAGACGUCCUCGGUCCUGGUAGAGACGAUCACUAAGACGUCCAAGUUAGCAGGAGCGUACAGUACCUCGUCCUCCUCAAAACUGACCUCUGACGCCAGCAAGGUGGUGUGUCGAGGCGGUGGGCUCACCAAGGCUCUGGUCGGACAGAAGAAUAUAUUCAAUGUGGACUGCAGCAAAGCAGGUACUAACAUGUUGCUGGUGGGAGUGCACGGUCCCAGGACGCCCUGUGAAGAGGUGUACGUUAAACACAUGGGCAACCGCCUGUACAACGUCACCUACGCUGUCAAAGACAAGGACAACUACACCGUCAUCGUCAAGUGGGGGGAUGACAGUGUCCCAGGUAGCCCCUUCAAAGUAGCUGUGCCCUGAAAUAACUCUGUUCUCCAAACCUUGAAAUCUCACCCCUGACCCCCAUUUCACCCCCACCCUGCUCCGCUACUCCGCUACACUCUUCAAUGGACGACUGUAGAACGAACCUCCUCUCUCAAUAUGCACAAAAAAAUGCAAGGGAGUUUUUCUCUCCCUCUCCCCUAUAAGGAAAAAAUAAGAUUUCAACCUUUAUUUAAAAAUUAUUAACUCUAACUGUUACUGUUUAGAGAAAAGUUGUCGGUGACUAGUGUGGUGUCAUAGAGUUGGAAAGAGGGCACUCCUAUAUUUUGCUAUUAAUCGUUUCUGUAACUGCAUGGGCAGUGCGCCGUCUAUCGAUCUCUGUGUACUGUAGAUGUGUUCCAAGUCAUGUUGGUCAAAGUAUUUUGAUUGGUCCCAAGGCCCUGUUUGACCAAUAGAAAGGGAUUGUUGUGUAGCAAAGGAUGGCUUAAUGUGUGAAUGUUAUAAACAGAAGAUAAUUUGCUAUUAAACAGUAUUAAAUAACAUGUGGUUUUGUAUGCUUAAAAAAAGAGAAACAUGUAUUUUUGUUAUAUUAACCUAUAUUUUUUUGUAAACUUUGCAGAUAUAAUAAAGAUUUAACUGCUGCCUUGACAAAA